AUCAAUAGAUAGUAAAAAGAAAAACACAAAUAUUGAUGUUCCAUAACAAUAGAUAAAUGUAACAAACGUUGCUCGUUCAAAAUAAAUCAAAUCGUUUUGUUUUUUUCAAUUCAAAUUGUUUUUACAAUUUAUCGAAAACAAUUUGUUUGUAGAAAUUGCAAAUUUUUGAAAUAGUCCAAAGAAACUUCACUGCAAAACAAAAAUGGUUACAUCAAAUGAUCUUGUCGCAAAUGUUGUGUUUUUGAUAGAAAGUACAGCAAUUACGGGCGCAUAUAUGUCCGAGUUGAGAAACAAUUACAUCGUACCAACGCUGGAACAUUUUUCAUUGCAAGGCAUUGCCGAUGAACAUGAUCUAUUUCCAAUUGAAAAUAGUAAAUUUAUAUACGGUGUGAUCGUUUACAAAACGGUUCAAAGCUUACCAGGCGUUGCAUGCAGCACAUAUGGACCAUUCUCAAGCCCCCAAAAAGUGCUAAACACCAUUGACAAGCUGGAUCUAAGCGGCGGUAAAAGUGAAUCGAAUGCCAAUUUAGCAGAAGGUUUGGCAACAGCCUUGGUUUGCUUUGAAGAUAUGAACGAAGUUCGUGAAGAACAUCGAUUCCAAGUUCAAAAUCAUUGCAUUCUUUUAUGUAAUAGUACACCAUAUUCUAUGCCGGUCAUGGAAUGUACACAGUACGAAAAUAAGACAAUCGAACAAAUGGCAACUCUGUUUCAAGAAAGAAGCAUCAAUCUAUCGAUAAUAUCGCCGAGAAAAAUUCCAAUUUUAAUAAAAAUCUUUGAAAAAGCCGAUGGCGACAUGUCAGCACUAAACAAAGAUUUCUCAAAAGAUCCACGACAUUUAGUUCUUUUGAAAGGAUACUGUUUCAGUGAUCGACCAACAACACCACAGACAAGUGCCACACCAACGAUUCAUGCAAAUACAAUGAACGCAAACAUGCAAAGUCCACGCCAAAAUAAUGCAAAAGAUUCAGUUACAUCAAAUAAUUUAAUUCGCACGAAUAAUGCAGGUAUGAACUUCCAACAAUUCAAUGCGAAUGCAGCGCAGACACAGCAGCAGCAAUCACAACAACAAGGAAAUGUUCAGUCUCAACCGGCACCGUCUCCAUCAUCACAGCAACAACAAACGCAACCGAUGCCACAGCAGCAACAAAAUCAACCACAAAUUCAAGUGCCGACUUCAGGAAAUCCACAGCCAAAUCAACAACAACAACAACAACAGCAGCAGCAGCAGCAGCAGCAACAACAACAGCAGCAACAACAACAACAGCAGCAGCAGCAGCAGCAGCAACAACAAGAGCAGCAACAACAACAGCAGCAACAACAGCAACAACAGCAGACUCCACAACCAAAUCAAACGGUUCCUUCAAGUCAACCACAACCAACAAUGUCACAACAAGCACCACAACAAACUCAACCGGGACCGGACAAUCAAAUCAAAAACCAAGUACCCGUUUCAUCAGCGGCACCACAAGUUUCGGCCGUAUUUUCAACGGUUCAAAACAAACCAAAUAUAACAACAAAUCCAAUGCAACCAACGAUUGGAAAUCGUUUCCCUGUGCCACAACAAGCCAGACCAAUAUUGUCAAAUUCAAAUAUGAAUCCGAACAUGAAUAUGGCCAAUAUGGGUGCACAGCCACCGGGGCCAAGUGUAUUGCAACAACAAGCAUUACGUAUGCAAAUUCUAAAUCAACAGCAAUUACAACAUCAAAUUCAACAAGAAAAAUUGCAACAACGACUUCAGCCUCAACCGACAAUGUCAAAUGCGCCGAAUCCAAAUCAGCCACCUCAUCAAGUCAUGAUGCAGCAAUCAAUGUCCGAUUCAUCGGCUCAACAACAACAGCAGCAACAGCCACCGCAAUCCAAUGCACCACCUCCAAUUCGAGAAAAAAUUUGGACCGGCGUUUUGGAAUGGGUUGAAAAAGCGAAAACUACACAAGCUGAUAAAAUACCUCAUCAAGUUCCGUGCUAUGUGACAGCUAAAGAAGGCGAUCCAGAAAUACAAGGAGACCAUUGGCCACCGCGUUUACUAAUGCAAUUAAUGCCAAAGCAAUUGGUUGGAAAUAUCGGUCAACAGUACUUGAAGGAAUCUAGAUCAGUUACAUUUCAUCUAUCGCCGUGUCCAAGUUUGGAUAACCUUACACGUGUCAUGAGUAGCGGAUUUGCUGGCUGUGUUCAUUUCAAUCAACAAUCUUCGUCGUGCGAAAUUAGAGUAUUGAUUCUAUUUUAUUCAGUGGAUAAAAAGGCAUAUCUUGGUUUCAUUCCAAAUAAUCAGGCUGGAUUCGUUGAUCGAUUACGUAAGGUUAUUUCGCAAAAACAAAGCGUUCGUGGUCAAGGCCAGCAGAAUCCACAACAGCAACCGGGUCAACCGCAGCCACAACAGAUGAUGCAAGCAGCACAACCAACUCCUUCGCAACAACAAAUCCAGCAGCCGCAUCAAGAUCAAAUGGUUAAAAUGGAUUUUGGUCAAAUUUCAUCGCCGAUGAUGAAUCAACAAGGAAAUCAAAUGCCGGUGCCAGUGCAACAAAUGCAACAAGAUGCAAUGCAACAGCAUAUGCCAAUGCAACCCGACUUUAACAAAAUGAUGCAACAACGAAUGAAACUCAAUCCGCAGGCACAGAUGAUGAAUGUUCCACGAAUGAUGCGACCUGGUAUGCCAAAUCAAAAUCCAAAUGCAAAUCCUGCUAUGAUAAAUCCAAAUAACAGUCUUCGACAUUUGCUUCAGCCACAAGGACAGGUUCAGCAGCCAAAUCAAUUUAGACCAAUGAUGGGAAUGCAGGGACCUAAUCCUAACAUGGUACCGAAUAACAUGAUGAAUCCCAAUAUGAAUAUGAACAUUCGACCGAAUCAGCAAUUUAAUGAUCCAAAUUACGAAUAUAUGCAAUGAUAAUAUAUUAUCUCUCGAUACGAAAGAAAACUACAAAACUCCACAUUUUUUAUGACCAUUAAUUUCAUUGCGUAAUUUUUAUCAGGAGCCACACAAAAUUAUUGCUCUUAUAAAAUUACAUUUUGACUGAAAUUUGAAUCAAAUACCAUAUGUUACAUUUGACUGCUAAGGAUUUUAAAUGGAGGCAAUCAUUUUGUAUCACAUCCACAUUUUUCGAUUGAUGCAAAGCCUGACAUGGCAACGAAAUCGAUACGAAAAAAAUCCUGUUAAUAGUUAGCAAAAAAAUGAAAGACAAAAAAAAUAAAAAUUAUAUUUUAUUCAAUUAA